AUGAUCAAGUCUCUGAGCGUGUCCUCUGAGAGCUCCCUGCCUCCGCUGGAGGACGAUGUGGACUCGGUGUGUUCCGACGAGCUGCUGGGCUCUCAGUCCCGCCGCUGGCUGGCCGAACUGAUGACCGCCGACAUGCCUCCGGAGAGCGGGGACGUGAACACGGUGGGUCGGGACGGACUGUUCGUGGACCAUCACUUCCCUCUGGGGGAGCUGGAGAUGAAGGCCGACGUCAAGUGGAAGAGACCGAAGGAGCUCUGCCAGUCACCUCAGUUCAUAGUAAAUGGAGCAACGCGCCUGGACGUCCGCCAGGGAAAACUCAACGACUGCUGGUUGCUCUCCGCCAUCGCGUCUCUCUCGCUGCAUCGCUCGCUGCUGAUGAGGGUCGUGCCUCAGGAUCAGAGCUUCCAGGACGGAUACAACGGCUGCUUCGUCUUCAGGUUCUGGCAGUACGGUCAGUGGGAGGAGGUGAGGAUAGACGACUUGUUGCCGACUCAGAACAACGAGCUGAUCUACCUCAGCUCCCCGGAGCGAUACGAGUUCUGGAGCUCCCUGCUGGAGAAGGCCUACGCCAAGCUGAAAGGAGGCUACAGAGCUCUGGACAUGGGCCUCCCUCACGAGGCCAUGGUGGACAUGACGGGAGGCGUGGCCGAGGUUCUGAACAUCAGUUUACUGCCCAGAGACCUGCCGGCCUUCCUCAAGGACCUGCUGUCUAAAGGAGCGCUCAUCAACUGUGCCAACUGUCAGGGUCCGCUGGAACAAAGGAAUGAACUUGGGAUCAUGUACAGACACGCUUACUCUCUGACUGCAGUGGAGAAGGUGAAGACGCAUUACGGCACCGAGGAUUUGGUGCGACUCCUCAACCCCUGGGGCGGCACGGAGUGGGAGGGUCCCUGGAGCGACCGGACCGGUAAAGAGUGGAACGCUGUGAGCGCUGAGGAGCAGAGAAGACUGGACCGGGUCAGACGGGAGGACGGGGAGUUCUGGAUGUCGGUGUCAGACUUCCGGCAGAACUUUGAGACGAUGGAGGUUUGUCACCUGACCAACGCUCUGAGCGAACCGGGCUCCACUAUGAGGCCGUGGUCCUGCAAGAUGCAUCAUGGGAACUGGGUGCCGUUUGUCACAGCAGGAGGCGCUCCCCAAGGAGGUCUGUUCUGGCAGAACCCUCAGUUCUACUUCGUCCUGUCGGAGGCGGACAGCAGCAAGGACGAGAGGAGCUGCUCCUUCGUUCUGGCUCUGAUGCAGAAACACCAGAGACGCAGAGGCACCAACCUGUCUAUAGCUCUUUAUAUAUACCAGGCUUCUCAACAGAAUACUUACCUGUCACCUGAGGACCUGAGCAGGCGCCACCCGGUCUGCUGCAGCCCCCAGUACUCGCCACGCCGGGAGGUCGUCCUGCGCAGCUCGCUGCCACCGGGUCGUUACAUCAUCAUCCCCUCCACCUACAAGGCCAACGAGCAGGGGGAGUUCCUCCUCCGGGUGCUGACGGAGCAGGGCAGCACCAUCAUUCCAGCCGACAAACCAGCGCCACAAGACAUCUCCUCAUCAGCAGAGCUCUCUUUUCCUCACCAGGCCGCCCUCCCUUCUCCCAAAGCCACCAAAGAACUGUUCAAGAAGCACUGCAACAAGGAUGGGUUCUGCAGACCGGUUCACCUCCACAGCCUGCUGACUGAGGCCAUCCAGGCAGGAGUGUUGGCCGGCAGUGAGCGGUACCUGGUUCUGGAGCACUGCAAGAGCAUGGUGGUCCUCAUGGACACUCAAGGCAAAGCUCAGCUGAACCGGCUGGAGUUCCAGAGUCUGUGGGACAAGAUCAGGAGGUGGACGGAUAUCUUCCUGGUGUUUGACAAGAACAAAACUCAUCACCUGGAGUAUGAAGAAGUGGCGCCCGCUCUGAAGGCAGCAGGCAUCAGUGUGGACGAUCUGGUGAUGCAGCUGGUUGGACUGAGAUACACGGAGCCCGACCUGACCAUCAGUUAUCCGGGCUUCCUGUACCUGCUGAUGAAACUGGACAGCAUGAUCCACAAAUUUCAAGCGUACGACAUGGUGGGAAGUGGAGCCAUAACUAUGAGCUACAGACAGUGGCUCCGUAUGACCAUGUACAACUGAGCUGACCUGAUCCACCGACACUGAUUCAUCAGGAUCUGCUCCUCCGAUUUUCAUGUGUAGCGUUUAUUUCAUGUUUAUUUUGUUUUUAGUUAAAAACCUUCAGAUUUCACACCAUAUAUUUCUUCAUCUUGUGGCCAAAUAGUAACAGUGGAAACAUCUUUAAGAUCUUUCCUCAGUAGUGGAAACAUCCGGGGUCAAAGGUCAAAGUCCUUCGGGUUAAAGUGAAGUUUAUGAGUCACUCUGUUGGCGACACACCUGUGACAUCACCUGUGACAUCACCUGUCAGCCAAACUCUGACUUUCCUCAGCGUUAAACUUUUUCUCAAAGAUCCCACAGUUAGUUUGGAAGAUUUAUAAAGCAUGAAAUAAAUCAAAUCAAACAAAGAAAAUAAUGCGAAACACAAUAAACUGACACAGCAAAUGAAUCUAUAAUGUAUAAAUGUGUUUUAAGGUCUAUUAGUUGAUGUAUGUUCAGUUACAGUCAUCAUUUGAUCAGUGAUCCCUGUAUCCUGCAGGACUGAGGCUGAAGAUGGACACGAGUGUAUCAAAGUGUAUAUAAAGUUGUUUUGAGCAGA